AUGCUGCGACGACUGCACCACGACAUGGUUGACGAGAAUGCCGGAAAGCUGCUGCGGAAGGACAGCAAGAGGCAGCGCGUCCUCAAGUUCUUCAGGGCCUUCAAGCAGAAGCAAACACAGCGCCAGGGUGAAGUCGCUGUACCUAAGCUGAUAGCAAACUUCCCGACAAAGGCACCGCCCAAGCAUGAUAACGCUGCCCCGCAAUCAGCCCCUCCACAAACACUCGAUGUGAUACCCCAAGAGGAACCGAGUGCCGCAGUCGAUCAUGAGAGCAUGGCGCCCGUAGAAGAACUAGAGCCAGAUCGCGUACCCACACCACCGCAAGAAACCAAGGAGGACAAGUUGGAGACUCUUGGUGAGGGCCAGCUUCGUACGCUCUUCGCUGGCGCCCCGCAGUUUGGCAUCGCCAGGACAGGCAGUCGCUAUAUACCGACCGUCACUCAUCCCUGGAACGCCGAUGCUGUACUAAAGGAAGCUACCGAUACAGUUCCACUUGCCGAACCCGCCUUCUCAGCCGCGACCCUACACGAACAAUCAUCCAAGACCCGACAGCUACCCGAGACUUCGAAACAGUACAAUGGUUAUCAGGUGGACGUGGUGGAGAUGCCGAGCAUGGUCAGUGCCCAGGGUGUCGAGCCGGGGACUGUUGGCUUCUCGCAUUUCCUCGAGCUACCAAGGUCUGACACGCUGGCCAGCGAGCUGGACCAGUCUCAGUCCAGUCAAGACUCCGCUGAGUCGGCCAGAAAUAAGGACGUCAUGCAGGCAACUCCUGAGCGACUGGGUAUCCGUUCGGUGGACUUGAACUUGAUAUACGACCGCUUGGCUGAGUUCCAGGACAUGUACGAGGCAUUCCAAGACAGCCCCGAGCCCAUGACAAUCCUCAACAACCAAAGCUCUGGAGAUCUGUACGCGAAUCUAUUCACCAAGUUCCUUACCCCUCCGGGCUACGACGACUCUACCGAAGACCCUACAGGCUUGCAGACACAAAUCGUGGCCCUACUCAGGGUAUUGGGACUGAAGGGUGUCUGGUACGACUUCAGCCUUGUCGAAUGGAGGAUAAGGCUUGGCCAAAUACUGUGGAGUGAACCCGAGCCAACUUCCGAGCAUGAUCAUCAAACCCUAUGGACAGAGCGGGAGAUACUAUUACUGCAGAUCACCUUGGCUUGCGAGUUGCUGCUUCGACUGGAUGCCUUCACGAAUGCAGAUGCGACCGACGCUGAGAUCCGACUUCGGAUUGACGCAAAGGAUAUCGAAGGGUUUCUCAAGAUCAAGACGAGGAAGGUUGACUGGGAUUUGGUGCUCGCGCGGAGAUUUCUCGACAAUGUCGUCAUCAUGAGAGGCAAUGAUGCGCCAGUCUCACCCAAACCCAAACUACGUGGACUACUGUCACUGCUAAGCCAAGGCGCUCACGCCCAAAUACCGCAGUCCGACCUCAUCAUACUUCCACAGCAUCAAUCCAGACAGCUCUCUGGGCUUCUUCACUUUGCGAAGACACUGCAAUGGCCUAGCCUUGACGUGGUCUCGGUGGAUUUAGCUCGGAAGCUUGGAGAGCAACACAAGACCGAGGAACCCACACCAGCGUCACCCAGCGGAAGGUUGCUCGACAUGGCCACCCCUUCCGGCAUCAGUGUAUACGGCACGCCACUGCAAACACCCCUCGCUUCCGGUCAACAACUGGACAGCUACUUCGGCCAUAUCGGAAAGCCUGCUUUGAAUCGCAACAAUUCUCGUGCCCUGCGCAUGCCACUUUCCCCCGUAUCGACCAUCUCGGAAAACGAUGCCACGUCCAGCUACAAUAUCGGAGGGUGGCUGAGUCGGUCUUAUCUGACCGGUCUUGUGCUCCCCGGAGAAGCCAUGUCACACUUCCUCGUGUCGACCUUGCUUGAGAACGACAGCAACGCUAUUGCCAACCUGGGAGAAUCAGCAAACUUGUACGGCGGAUUCACCUUUGGCGACAGAACCUUUUGGAGCAAGUCUUCCGUUGUUGGGCGCAUUCUGGCGUGUAUCAAAGGCUCUGCAGAGUGUAUGGGCUGGAUCUCAUGUCCAAAGCUACCCGACAGCCCUGCCGACCGUUGGUACUCGAUUCACAGCGAACUGCUUCCGCACGAGAACCGGUUGCGACCAAGAGACGGUUCUGACACAGUCGCCGAAGAGUCAGCUAUCGCGCCAGUCGAUUCUCUAGCUUCGUUGAGGUCCGAGGACUUUGUUCUUCCUCAGGAUCCUGAUUCGUACCUGGCUCCCUCCUUGGUCUUCUCGCAGUGGGAACUGGUCCCAAUUAACACCGACCUUAUCGACGGUGACAGCUUGACAGGACCGCCAACCGAAAGUGACAUCCAUGCCCCGUCGAUGACGUUUGUCACCAGAGGAGAUGCAGUGAGCCACACCAUCACGUUGACAUACGAUGUUCAAUUUGUCACUUCUUUCCCCUGCACCACAGCUGCGUCUGCGCCUCCCUCGUUCACGCAUCGCCCGAAGGUUCUGAGGCGCUCUGGCACCGGAACAAUUUCGAGAUCCUCUUCAAAACAUAGCGUAACUCUUUCACGCCGCAACAGCCACGGCUUCGAGCCGCUCCUAUCGCAUCCACCGGAUGCAUCAGACAUCGCGCCAAAGCGGAUGUACGAAGCAUCCACCGGACCAGAAGUCGAGUCGCUUGCGACUAGCAGCAAGCCCAUGAACGCGCAUCCUCUACACCAGUCGUACUCCUACAAGAUUGUGCCAGUCACCGAUGUUCUGGAUCCUGACUUCUUACUGCCGUUCGAGCUUCACACGUCCAAGUCUACGGAACGCCUACUUGAUCUGUCGCGGAGCAACGACAGCGACACAGCGGAGACAAUCAAAAAUAAUAAGAAGGCUGUGUUGGUACUAGAUGCCAGGGCUUCGUCUGAUCUUCAGCUGCUCGCACGAGCCUGGUGUGCGGAAAAGGGCCUUCAUGCGAUCGCCGCGGACUCCCUGAGACCGAGAAACAGUAUCACGACUGAUGAGGGUUCUUUCAAAGGUCGCUCGAGUUCGAGGACCGAAUCCAGAGACGACAGCGUCGUCAGUCUACUCAAAAACUGGGCACCAUACACCUCCAAAUCAGGCCAGACAGACGAUACACAACAGCCAGCAACUCCUCCAGUCAGCCUUGACUCUCCCAACACAGUCCGCAAUUCUCGACAGGAACCCUUCAUCCCACCUCCACGAUCCCGCAUACACGUUCCAAGCAGAUUCCGAAGGUACACCAACCGCAUCCGAAGGGAACCCGUGGCACCUAGUCCGUCCGUGGUGACCGCUGAUGCUGUCAAGAGAGUACCUCGUAUGGUCAUGGUCAAACAAGCCUUCUGUCUCAAUUUCAUGCUCGAGGCACGGGCACGCGAUCCACCAAGACAUGGAGGAUCUCUCAGACACCCGUCUCCUGUGAUCGAGCCGCGUGAUCCUGACGGCGUGGUUCUACAACACUGCGCUGAUCUACACCAUGCUCUUUUGCCGCUUGAAGGGUGGGAGAGAGAUGAAGUGGUCGAGGAGAUCGGAGCGGCUGAAGAGGGAGAUGUUGAACGAGACCUAGAGAUGGAAUUACUCAGCAUCUUCAGCCCCGACGCGCUGUUCGAAAUCAGCGAUGCCGAUGAAGUUGCUCUCCUUCAGCCCGAACAGUCCGGUGUCGAUGACAGCAAUGAGGAUGGGGAGGUUACGCGUGGCGGGGAGGAGAAAUCUCUCCGCGAUCUCAUGCGGGAAUUUUCUUGCUACACGUUCGUGCGUAAUCUGGGUGCUGGGCUGAAGAACAAGGUACGCAAGUGGAAGAGAUAA